GUGUGUUUCUGGCUUGUAACGAGGCACUUUUUUGUACUCUUUCUUUUGAGUAUCUCUUGCUUUUAUUUUUGGUCAUGCCGUUUGGUGUCGGACACGAUAUUGUUGUUCAAAUAUCUCGAAGUGCCCUUUGGUCCUUCUUUAGCGAGAUUAAAACGGAGAACAUUCAUAAUGUGCCAAGCGAAGGCCCUCUUAUUGUAGCUGCGACUCAUCAUAAUAUGAUUAUCGAUCCGGCUGUGUUAUCCGUCACAUUUCCCGAGAAUCGCCCACUCCACUAUUGGGCCAAAGAUACCAUGUUCAAGCAUCCCCAAGCCAAACGAUUCUUGGAGAAUUGUGGAGUCGUCCCUGUCGAUCGCACCACGAAAAAUAACACCCUAUUAUAUGCCGCCACUUAUGAAGUCUUGCGUCUCAACGAAGCCAUCGCAGUAUUCCCAGAGGGUACAAGUCAUACCUUGCCUUGUUUAGGCACCUUCAAGGACGGUACUAGUUUUGCUGCUCUCGAAUAUGCUAAACUUGUCACUGAGGAUCCUCGUCCCAAUGCCGAAGGUAAAAUCCCACAAAAAGCGACCGUGCUGCCGGUAGGCAUUGUGUAUCCCGAAAAGUCAAAAUAUCGUAGUACAGUCAUUGUGAGAUAUGGCAAGCCAAUUACCGUCGACUCGUAUAUGGCCACUUAUGCUGAGGACCCCAAAAAGGCAGCCAAGCAGCUGACGAAGGAUAUCGAAACAUCUAUCCGUGCCUUGACGGUGAAUGCGCCCAAUUGGGACGUUCGUGAUGCGGCCGAAAUGGCUCGAUGGUUAUUGUUCCCCGGUGAACAUGGUAUUAUGAAGGAUUAUGUGGAUGUGACGCAAAGUCUUAUCAAUGCCAUGAUCGACCUCGGUAAAAAGACACCGGAAGUGGAGUCGUUGCAACAUAGCCUAAAGAUCUACAAACUGGAACUGGAUCUGUUGGGCUUGAAGGAUUCCCAUAUUGCCAAGUACAAUGAAAAGAACAUUACGGCAGCAAGCACCACGAUUGAACUGCUUCGACGAACUGUUGCUUCGCUGAUUGAUUUACCCUUGUUUCUCCCGGGAUUGGUCGCACACUUGCCUUUAUACGUGGCUGGCUACUUUGCAGGAAAGUUUGAGAUCUAUGAAGAAGUGCGGGCUCAGAACAAAAUCUUCUUUGGUCUGGCCCUGGUACCGCUGAUCUACAUGAUCGCGUUUUUAUGGGCAUGGUAUGCUUUGUUUGGAGGCACCUUCUUUGGAUUCUUUGUAGCGCUUGCAACGUUGGGCGUGUUUGUUUGGUACCAUGUUGUAUCCAUUGAUGAACGAUAUGAGGAUUUCAAGGACUUGAUCGGUCGCUGGCGAUUGUUUGACGCGGUGGUUUUGGGCCGAGGCAUGUGGCGUCGUAAACAACGUAUUUUGGCGCUGAAGAAGCUUCGGGAAGAAAACGUUUCUAACUUGCGAUGGAUGGUCAAGACGUACAAAGACACCAACAAGGAUACACACCAUGUCUGGACCGCCGUUCGUGCUCGUGUGCAAGCAUUGAAUGCUGCGGGCAAAUUAAGUGGACGCCGUAAAGCGUUGGCAAGGCAAUUUGAAUGGGCGUUUUAGAAAAACACAUGACAAAAACAGUAUCAUUUGAAACAUACAAUGUUUAAAGAAUAAACAGUAUACAGUAAUAGAUCACAGAUUGUUGCGUUGUACU